CAAGUGUGUCACGGUCACCAGUUGUUUAUUUGCAUCUCAAUAUCUUGUACGGACAUUAUUGUGUGUAGAGAUCAGAUGUACAUAGCGGCUCCCAAAAUAACAUAUUGAAUAUAUUGAUGUGUGAUGUCUGAUAGAUUUUUAUUUGAUUAUCAGAUUAAGUUUGUAGGUCAUUUAUUUAUUAUUGUCGAGCCUUGAAUGGCUUUCAGUGGGUUAGCUAGCAGCUAGCGCUAACAGAGAGCCGAUUAACCCGUCAAACAGCACAUCAGCACGGAAUCAUGUCGUGUACAUGUGCUUCAGCGGCGAGAAAACUUAUAAAUUCAGCCCAUAAAGGAAUAUCAGGUUCCAGAAUCCAGUUACUGUCACUAAGCCACCGGGGAACUCAUGAGGUUCGUCUGGCACACAGGGUCCCUGUGAGAUCAUUUUCAGAGACGUCUGUGUAUUAUGCUUCAAAAGAUGGAAUGAAGGAUGGAGAUGGUGGGAAGAAAUCUGUUGGUGAAGGAAGUGGAAAAAGAGCCAGCUCCAGUAACUCAGGCAAAGGAGGAAGUCAAAUGCGAUGCCCUAAAUGUGGAGAUCCUUGCACACAUGUAGAAACAUUUGUUUCAUCAACUCGCUUUGUGAAAUGUGAAAAAUGCCACCACUUUUUUGUGGUACUUUCGGAAACUGACACUAAGAAGAGUUUGAGUAAAGAUCCAGAGUCUGCAGCGGAAGCUGUUAAGUUUGCUUUCCAGCAGAAACCCCCACCACCACCUAAGAAGAUCUACGCUUAUCUCGAUAAGUAUGUUGUGGGUCAGGAUCAUGCUAAAAAGGUGCUUUCGGUAGCGGUGUACAACCAUUAUAAACGUAUCUACAACAACAUGCCGGCAGGCUCCAGGCAACAGCAGGUGGAGGUGGAGAAACAGGCCUCGCUCACUCCUCGAGAGCUAGAGCUAAGACGACGGGAGGAUGAAUACAGGUUUACAAAGCUGCUGCAGAUUGCUGGGAUCAGUCCACAUGGAAACGCUCUGGGUGCCUCCAUGCAGCAGCAGUUGAACCAGCAGGCUCCUCCAGAGAAGAGAGGAGGGGAAGUCCUGGACUCCACAUACACCGAUAUCAAACUAGAAAAGAGCAACAUUGUGCUGCUGGGCCCCACUGGUUCUGGAAAGACACUUCUGGCUCAAACGCUGGCCAAAUGCCUGGAUGUUCCCUUUGCUAUCUGUGAUUGCACUACCCUCACCCAAGCUGGCUAUGUGGGAGAGGACAUAGAGUCUGUCAUCGCAAAGUUACUACAGGAUGCUAACUAUGUGAUUGAGAAAGCCCAGCAAGGCAUCGUGUUCUUGGAUGAAGUGGACAAGAUUGGCAGUGUUCCUGGGAUCCAUCAGUUAAGGGAUGUGGGAGGAGAAGGAGUGCAACAGGGUUUGCUUAAACUCCUGGAGGGCACUAUUGUCAAUGUUCCUGAAAAGAACACAAGGAAGCUGAGAGGUGAAACUGUGCAAGUCGACACCACCAAUAUCCUGUUUGUAGCAUCAGGAGCGUUUAAUGGACUAGACCGUAUCAUCAGCAGGAGAAAGAAUGAGAAGUACCUUGGGUUUGGAACACCGUCUAACAUGGGGAAAGGUCGAAGGGCGGCAGCAGCGGCCGAUCUGGCCAACAUGACGGACGGAGAGAUGGACGCGGUGGUCGAGAUUGAGGAGAAGGACCGACUCCUGAAACACGUAGAGGCCAGAGACCUCAUUGAGUUCGGCAUGAUUCCAGAGUUUGUGGGGAGACUUCCUGUCGUGGUUCCACUGCACAGCCUGGACGAAGUGACACUGGUGCGAAUCCUCACGGAGCCACGAAAUGCUGUUGUGCCUCAGUACCAGACUCUCUUUAGCAUGGACAAGUGUGAUCUCAACGUGACGCCUGAUGCCCUGAGAGCCAUAGCCAGGUUGGCUCUGGAACGUAAAACUGGUGCCCGUGGGCUUAGAUCUAUAAUGGAAAAACUGCUGCUAGACCCAAUGUUUGAGGUGCCCCAUUCAGAUAUUGUGGCCGUGGAGGUGAACCAGGAAGUGGUUAAGGGACAAGCAACACCUCAAUACAUAAGAGCUGUGGCUAAAGAUCCCUCUGAAGAGGAGUAUGACUCUGGAAUCGAAGAGGAAAACUGGACAAGACAGGUGGAUGCAGCCAAGAACUAAAAACAACAAACGCCAUGUAAAGUCAUGUUGUUACUUCAGCAAAAUAAGUAACCGAUUAUUUGCCAUCUUAGUUCUCCUAAGGGUCCAUUUCUGACUGUAUGUAUGAUUUGUUAGUUACUUUGGGAACCUUUUAUUCCUUAAAAACAAACCCAAACAUCUUGACCCUUAAAUUACAGAAUUAUGGCUUAAAUGUUUGAAAUCAGCCAAAUGCCUCCUAUAGAGAUGGUUAAUCUUCAUGAAAUGUCAAAGCAUUUUAUUUUAUUUUUAUUAACUUUAUAAUAUGAUUUUUAUUAACUGUUUGGUUGCCCUAGAAAUCAAACAGAGAUAGAAAGUGAGGGGGCUCAUAAUAUAAUCAGUGUAUGUUUGAUUUCAGAUUCCUUUUAACACUUUGCCCUGCUUGGAAUAAAAUUGCACAUUUGUAUCACA